AUGAAGCACGCCAUGACCCCGGAGAAACUUCGAGUUCAUGAAGCGGACGAUGAUGAAGAACAGCAUUUGAAAGGAGAAUUCUACGACACCGAGGGCAGAAUAUCUACCAAUGUUGGCAUGCAGUCUCUGGAAGACCACAAUCGUGAAAUACAGAGAACCAUCGAGGCAUUCAGGAGUGCCUCCCAUACUCUGAGCGUCCGCUCCUUGGGCUCGGAAGGAAAUUCGAAGAGCCAAGUGCCAAAUUUGCAAAGCGUGUUCGACAGCUUGCAGAUCACUUCACAGGAGGGCAAGGUAUCUUGA